CUAGUUACCGAAGAAUGCUACACAUCUCCUUUGCUUAUCCAAUUCCAGCUCAAUUCCUCAAAAAUUCCUCCCAUUUCCACCCUCCUUCCCUUCCCUAAUUAAAAAUCCCCAAAACUCCACCUCAUACACUCAUCAUCUUUCUCUUUUUCUCUCUGGAUGUCUGCUUACCCGCUUUUAGCUUGAGUUUUCUCUCUCUUCCCUUCAUCGGCACCUACUUUUCCCUUUAUCUAUCCAAAAUCCUAACUUAUGUUUUCAAUUUUACGCUAUUGAUUUCACCAUAUCAAUCAAUUUCAUCGGUGUUAGUUUUGAUUGUUUAAUUUAUCGAAAUCGUUAUGGAUCGGAUCGUCGGAGGCAAGUACAAGCUAGGUCGCAAGAUCGGCAGUGGUUCCUUCGGUGAAAUUUUCCUUGCUACUCAUAUCGACACCUUCGAGAUUGUCGCUGUAAAGCUCGAGAAUACCAAGACGAAGCAUCCGCAAUUACUGUAUGAGGCGAAGGUAUACACCAUUCUUCAAGGAGGAAGUGGGAUUCCAACUGUGAAAUGGUCUGGAGUGGAUGGGGAAGAUAAUAUUCUCGUGAUUGAUUUAUUAGGGCCUAGUCUUGAGGAUCUUUUUGUGUAUUGCGGAAGGAAGUUCUCAUUGAAAACGGUCUUAAUGUUGGCUGAUCAAAUGAUUACAAGAAUAGAAUAUGUACAUUCAAAAGGCUUUUUACAUCGAGAUAUCAAACCUGAUAACUUUCUCAUGGGUCUAGGUCGGAAAGCGAAUCAGGUUUACAUUAUUGAUUUUGGUCUUGCAAAACGUUAUCGGGACUCGACUACAAAUCGCCAUAUCCCUUACAGGGAGAACAAGAAUCUGACGGGAACUGCACGUUAUGCUAGUUGCAACACUCACCUCGGCAUUGAGCAAAGCCGGCGUGAUGAUCUAGAGUCACUUGGAUAUGUUCUCCUUUAUUUUUUGAGAGGAAGCCUACCCUGGCAAGGUCUAAAAGCCGCAACAAAAAAGCAAAAAUAUGACAAAAUAUGUGAGAAGAAGUUGGCUACUCCAAUAGAGGCGUUAUGCAAAUCGCAUCCAGUGGAGUUUGCCUCUUACUUGCAUUAUUGUCACUCAUUGACAUUUGAUCAAAGGCCUGAUUAUGGAUUCUUAAAGCGCUUGUUUCGUGAACUAUUUACCCAUGCAGGAUAUUCUUUUGAUUACAUCUUUGAUUGGACCAUUAUGAAGUACCAGCAGGCACAAAAAAGUAGAAACCAGUCUCAAUUAUCGCCUGCUCCUGGAGGAAGUAAUAUCCGAGCGAUCCCGAUGGAUGUGGAUAAGAAUCAAGUGGGAAGGAGUGCUAUGUAUAGUGGUAUUACAGAUGGUGUCAAAAUCAGCAAUGGGGGUUCUGAUCCUCGCAUGCGUUCUAGUUUGGCCGCUGAGAAAAAUUGGAGUUCUGAAAGCAUGGCUUACAAAGAUUUGCCAUCAACUUCAUUUUCAUCACAUGCGGUCUUGAGAAAAGAAGUCACAGAACCAGUUAAGUCUACUGAAGCUAUAAAUUCAAAUCAAGGACAUGUCCAUAAAACCGGUCCUUCAAGCAAAUGGAUUUCUCCUCUGAUGCGCAUGUCCUCUGCAAAGUGAUCAAAGGUGGUUAUAUUUCUUCUGGAUUGUUGAUCUGGUCAUGUGACAGACGAUAAAAAGACUCCAUAUCCUUCUUCCAGGUUAAACUAUACUGGAUGUUAUCUUCUCUACAGAAACCCGUUUCACCUCAGAUUUGCCACUCCUAGUGUGAUUUGAGCUUAUGCCAUGAUGCAGUACCAUCGAAAAUUACAACAAUUCUAUUUGGAUUUAUAGCAUAUUACCUGAAAAGAUAGGUGCAACUGGUGUGCUGAUGGCAUGAACUGCACACAUCCCUCUUGUAUUUACAUUUCUGUGUAAUAGGACAACUGUGGCAUUUUCAUUGAUGUGCAUACCGCAAUAGUUGUAGAAUCCUCUGCCACUUCGUUGUCAUCAACAGCGUUCAUCUAUUUGGUUCAUGGGUUUGUGAGUUGCAUUUUGUACUUUUAUGAGAAUCGGAUGUAUGUGACAGUAGCAACAUACGUUAGCUUGACUAUUAAUUAUAUUCUGAAUUUCUAGACAAAAAAAUUUGGAUGUGUUUCUUCUUGAUUUGGUUACUUCAUAACGAAGCUACGUCAGGCAUUACUGUGUUUUUAUUAUUAACUUAAAAGUUCUUUAUGUUUAAUUUUAAUUGUUUCAAAAUUUUUUUUGUCAAGCAUGAACUCUAAAAUUACACAUGAUAUUUUCCCAAAAAAAAUUUCUAUGCUGUACAAAUUGUCAUAUUAUGUUUUCCAUUUUUUGUUAACUUCUUACUCUUUUCUAUUAAUGUGCCUGUUUUCUAUUAACGUGCCUCUUUUUUCUAUUAAUGUGUCGGUUUUUGUAAAUUACACUUACUUUCUCUUGUUUAUUCCGCAUAUCUAUUAACGUGCCUGUACUGUGUUCCUUGGUACUUGCUAGUCUCCAGAAUCUUCUGCGGUAUAAGAUCUUCCUCUUCCCUCUUUUCCUUUUGCAUUAUGUAUUCUUACUGUCCUUUUCCCCAGUCUGCCCCCAAGUUUUUCCUUUUUUACUUAAUGUUCGCAUUUUUAUAAAAGCUUUUAUUAUUCAUUUUUCUGCAAUUUGUAUCAGAUUUGAAAAGAAUUUUUAGUAGUUUUUUGCCGCCAAAAUCCCUUUCUUUGCAGAUUUCUUUCAUAAGUGAAACCUUAUCUUUCUAUUGGUUCUUAUGUUUUCAUGGGUCUUUUGAUUCACUAAAUUUUUUUGUUUUAAGUGAAGCCUUUAUUAUUUUCUGAAAAGCUUGUCAAAUGAGCCGGUGCAUAUUUAUCGUACUUGCUAUUAACUUUGUUCUCUAGUUAUUUGAUCCUUUGAAUAUAUGCUUAUUUCUCUGCAGGGAUUCCAGAACAAAGAAAUGGAACAUCUUUCGUGAUUUGAGGAGACAGCAAUGCACCUCUGCUUGUGAAUGUACUUGUCUAGGAUGCAGUCUUCUGUCUGAUUCUAUUGGACAUCAUAUUUUAACACACUAUUUAGCUUCUUAGCUUCCAAUUGAUGCUGUUGGUGAAAUUGCAGAGUCUAGCACUGGUCUUAAAUGCAUUGGUACUAUGCUAAUUUAUAUGGUAGUUUGUGAGGUGAAAAUUUUUUACAAGCAGCUACUUUUGUUGAAGAUAAAAUCCAGAUGGGCUAAUUCGUUUGCCACUUGACAAGCUUCUGCUGGCAGUACUCUUGGAGUAUAUUCAACAAAGUUCUGAUAUGGAUACCUAAGAGGUUACCUCUAAAUUUAAUUGAAUUAUGAUAGAUAUAUAGUAUGCCUAAAUUUGGGGAUUUGCAGUUUACACUUUGCUUCAAAGUUAGCUGCAAUUUUCUGUCUCUUUCUCUAUUUUCGGGAUACAUUUGUGAAUGCUUCUGUCUCCCUCAUUUGGUUCUAGAGGUUAUUGCAUUCAUUCGAAAUGGUGGAUAUUUAUGCAGCAUUAUUCAAGGAAUUUUGAUUAUUAUUG